UUUUUACAUGUCGACGAGAAAAGAAGCCACUUUACAGAUAUUUAUGCAUCGCAAAUCCUUUAUUAAACAUGAAGAAUAGGCGAAUUUCCGCAUUAUUUGCCGUCGUCACGAUGCCUUACUUUGUCAGCGACUUCUAAAGGUUGUUCAGCGCAGUGUGUAGAACCUCGGGCCAUCGUAGUUUGCCCCAGAUCUUUGGAGAUCAUGGAGAAAGUGGAGGUGUUUGAGGUUGUAAAAGUGACUGAGGAGGUGGAGAGCUACUACAGCCAAAUGGAGGUGACUAUCCCUAAAAAGAGGAAGAGCAAAGCUCAAGAAGAUCAUGUCGAGAAACCUAAGAAGCCUAGGUCUGCCUACUUGCUAUACUACUUUGAUGUUCAUCAGAUCAUGCAACAGGAAAUCCCUAAUUUACCACAGUCCGAGAUCAACAAGAGAAUCAGUGAGAGCUGGAAAAGGCUCAGCGUAGCCGAGAAAGGCUACUAUCUGGAAAAGGCCAAGUCUGAGAAGGAGGGCGUGGACACAUCGUCUCUCAGCCCCUCCAAGGACCUGCCUGGUUUCCGCAAAAUCCUCCCCAGAGCAAGUUACUAUCUCCUGUCUAAAGGCUGCUCCUCUAAUCAGCAGCUGGAAGGCUCUCAGCCAGAGGUGAGCAUGGCGUCUCUGGAUUCUCCACUGGAGGGGGGCUUGUCUUCCGUCUCUCUCACCCAAGAGCCCCAGUUCACAACUCUUGGGUUGGACGGCGAGGUGGAGCUUUCUGAGGAGGCCAUUGUUGUUGACGAAAUAGCAGAGGAAAUGGUAGUGGCGACUAAUCCCACGGCCCCUAGAGGAAUCCCUCCCUCCUCUUCCUCCUCUGUCUCUUGCAAAGCCCCGGUCUCUACAGAUGCACACGUCUCACAGGGGUCUGCCGGCCUUACAGCAAACGGAGUCACAUUAAAAGGGAGCGAGACAAAAGUUGCAGGGAGAGGUUAUGGAGGUGCGAUGAUGCAGCAGAUACAGGGGGACACUGCACAGGUGGUUGCCAUCAUACCCACCCAGAACCUGCUGGAGCCGAAGUCUUUGCCAGGAGUCAGCUCUGUGGGCCCAGUGAUGAUGGUCUCUGUAGGAGCCAGCAUGGAACAUAGUGCCAAACCUUCCUAUAAAAUGUCUGUAAAGACAUACACCCGGAGAGGUCGAGGGAGGUGUCUAAAUCCUGGAUGUUCAUUUGUAUAUGUCACCCGCCACAAGCCACCUACGUGCCCUGACUGUGGGAGCCACUUGGGUGGAAAAUGGAUACCUGCUGCAAAGAAGACAAACGACAAACAAGCUGCAUCCAAGCAAUUGCCACAGAAAGCUGAAACCAAUACUAAUGAAAGCGGCCAACCCACACCUCCCCCAGCUCAGGAGGGGAAUGCUGAUGUCAGUAAAUGCAGCGCCACUGGGAGCAAAGAAGAAGGGCAAGUUCAACGGUGCUCCAGAAAGCAGCGUGCAGUUCCAGCAGCAAAGCCAGCAGAGGGCAGCAGCACCAAGGAGCAGGAACAAACAAAACAGAAGACGGACAGCCUCCAGGGCUCAACAGUCCAAGGUCAAGACAGAAGCGCUGCUGCUGCUCAGAAGAGGCCUGUGAGAGCCAUCCUCCCUGCCUACUAUAGCACAGGCCGUGCAUUGUUCCAGAUCAUAACAGUUCCACCUGACAAAGGGAAGUCUCAGAGUGCAAACAACAAUAAAUCAUCCAAUGUGUCUCGAGAGAGUUUCUCAGGUCUAAAACCCAGCACUUUAAAGCAGCUCGGCCAGACCGUGCCCGCAACCGCAGCCAAGCAGGAUUCGCCUGUCCCAGCAGAUGGAAGCCAGCCUGUGUCGUCACUGGCUGAUAGGAGAGUGAAUAUCCUGUCAGUUGUGCCUUUCAAACAACACACCGUUUCCAGCUUUGAUUUGGGACUGUCUACAGCACGAGGCAGGGGUCGGUGUAAGAACCCAUCCUGUGACUACAUGUAUAAGAACAGACACAAACCUGCAGUGUGUCCCAAAUGUGGCUGUGAGCUGACCCAGAAGAACGCCAAGGGAGCAAAGACUGGGACUCUGCUGGAUCCGUACCAGACCCUGAGUCCUGCUCAGAAGGAAAUCCAGCGGCAAAACACUCUGCAAUUACUGCAGCGCUCCCUGCAGAUCCCUGAGACAGAGACUGAACUUCAGGAAACCUUGACCCUCAUCCAGGAGCUCAACAGUCUCCAGAUCGUCCUGGUCCAACCCGCUGGCCAGGAGCCCCAGAACAGCAUAGAGACGGAGACGCUGGUAGAGUCUGGGUGGCCUCAGUUCUUUGAAUCAGCAGCUACUCACUGUUGUCUGUGUAACUACCCUCUCUUCAAAGGAGGUCAGAGUACGGUUGCAGGACAAGAGGACUGCUGGCUGCUUACUGAGACACUGAUCCAGACGGCCACUCUUCAGCUCAAGGUGUGUCUCAACAUUCAGUGUCUGGCUCUGCACAGCUUCACUGACCUGCAUCCAGGUUUGUUCAACAUUGGGAAUAGACUGCUGGUUAGUAUUGACCUAUUUCUGAAGAUCAGGAGCAGUAUCAAACUGGGCCGCCCCCCCUCUCAGGCAGCCAAGACCAUACUAGACCACAUCCCCAAUCACCCUGUCCACAGUCUGAGUCAAGAUGAGUUAUCCCAAAUUCAAGAGCUUCUCCUGAGUGGCUACUGGGCCUUUGAGUGUCUGACAGUGCGUGAUUACAACGACAUGAUCUGCGGCAUUUGUGGUGUUGCUCCCAAACUGGAGAUUGCACAGCGAAACACGAGCAACGUACUGGAGCUCAAAAAUGUGGAGUUUACCUGGCCAGAGUGUUCAGUCUCUGAUGAGGUGCAUGUGGAUGACUUCUGGCUGACUAUGGAAAGUGAGGCUAUCGAGCAAGCGACCUUCCCCACUGACAUCCCUAUCACACGGGUGGAUGCUUCCAUCAUCGCUCCCUUCAUCCCCCCGCUGAUGAGGAGUCCCACUGUCAUCAACACAGAGAAGGACAAGAUCCUGACACCCACACAGCAACCCUCAGGAGAUCCAUCAGUUUUGGUGCGUCUCAUCCAUGAUGGUCAGCUGAGACUGGACAAGAUUGAAGAUCACAGUGAAGACGAGCUGAGAACAAUACUGGACCGCUGCGGGGCGAGCAUCACCCCAGGCUCUAAUAAGAAUGAGCUGCUGGCCUCCCUGAUCUCCUUGUACACACUCGUUCAUGCUGGCCUCUCCACGGCCCCACAGCCCCCUCCACACCUCACCGCUGGCAGGCUGUCCAAGGUCUGCCCCCACAAGGUGGUCUGCGGCUCUAAGUACCUGGUGAGAGGAGAGACCUCUCGAGAUCACGUAGACCUGCUACUGUCCUCCCGCUACUGGCCCCCCGUCUAUGUCAGUGACUGCGCCCGCCAGGUGGCGCUCUGUGCUGACAUGCAGUACCCAGGACAGGCGAGCCAGAUGUGGGGCAGGAACCAGGGCUGCUUCUCUGACCCUUUAGAAAAGCCAGAGUUUGUGUCAUGUGCUGAGCUGCAAGACCAGCCGGGCAGCGCUGACCUGUCGCUGGCAGCGGAGAACCAGCAGGUCCACCCUCUCACCAAAUCAUCUUGCUGCUGGCUGGUUCAUCCUCCCGCAGCAGCCCAGGAGCCAACCGCUCUUCCUGCAGAGCACCACUCAAUGGCCCUGUGCAGAGAUCUGGAGCCGUACGUCAGCCUGGUGGCCGAACCAGAGAGAGACGAGGAAGAGGUGGGCGAACAGAAAGAGCAGAGUGAGAAAGCUGAGAAUGACUCUGCGGAGAAAUCGGAGGACGGUUACUCGGUAAGCCGUGCACGGCGGCAACCUGUGGUUUUCAACAACACAGCCUAUUACUACCUUUACAACCGUCUGGUGGACUUCCUCACCAGCAGGGACGUUGUGAGCGAGCAGAUCAACCAAGUGGUGAAGGCCUGCCAACCUGGCGAGGUGGUGAUCAGGGAUGCUCUGUACAGACUGGGAAUCGCACAGAUCAACACAGAGAAAGAGGAAGAUGAAGGAAGUGUGGUGGAGGGACAGACAGAGACAUAUGAGGUUGUGCUUCCUGAAUAGAAAUGUUCAGGAUGGAGGGUCAGCAUGCAGGCAGAGGGAUGGACUGAAUGUAAAGACGGCGACAUGCAGAUAGUAAGAGAAACACACUGCUGCCGGAUGGACCCAAUCAUUUAGAAGUGACCUGGUGCUAACACAACUCUGUGUUCAGCAGAGGACGUCGUCACUCUUCACUAGCCUGAACCACAGCACGUUGAGUCAGCUAUACGUUGUUUUACUGAUGUGAUGUGAAUAUGAAUAUCGUGGGUUGAAUUUCGCCAAAAUGGACCUUAUUGUAUGUAACGAGAAUAAGUAGUGUUCACAGUGCAUAAACUAAGAAAGAAUAUCAGAUUACAGGUUACAAGAUCAAAUUAAUAACCACCUCUAAGUACAGUAACAGUGAGUGUGAGAGUUUAUACAGACUGAAUGUCAAGCCUUUUAUUUCAAAUGACUAAAAGAAUGUAACAAUGUUUUGUGUUCAUUUCCAAAAGUGUGCCAAGAGUUAAAAGAAGCAAAAGUGUGUGUGAAGUUCCUCUGACUGAAAGAAUGUAAACAGGAUUUUAAUAACUCAGCUAAUUCAAGCCUAAAUGUAUAUAUUUAACCAUGAAUAGUAUAGUAAUAGUAUGCUGUAUUUAUUUCCCUUUUAUGUCCAGAGACAUUUCUGCUUGACAGUUGACACUCUUACCUCUCCACUGCCUCUUGUUGCCUUUUGGACUGACGUUUGCUUUUAAAAAAGUGACGGUAAAUGUGUAUUUAUUGAUUGUACCAAAUCAUGACGUGCUGACAGACCUUGUGGCCUUCGUUUAGAGUUGGAUUGCAUUUACUUCUCAACAGAGAUCCAUUCAAAGAGUUGGUUGUCUCGGCUUUCAUCCAUGAAGAACGAGGAUAUUUAGAUCUGCCUGCAUAAAGGGACACCUGUUGGUCAGAAAUCAUCACAGCAGUCCGGUAUGUUGUAUAGAUAAGAAAAUAUAACAUAGUUGAAACAAUCAAGUCCUGUAAAUGAAACUGCUGAAAUAAAUAUAAGGAAAUUAAUCAUUUA